AUGAAAAAUCUCAAUACUAGUGAAGAGCAUCAAGGUUCUGCCGACGCCGAUAAUUCCGCCGUUUCCGAUGAUGAGGGACCACGGGUAAUCUGCAGCCGCAGUUACCUUGUCCCCGGCAACCCUCUUGCCCCUAAAACAAAAGCUAGGAAAAACAGAAAGCAUCGUAAUGAUCGCGCGGACAGUCGCAUAAACGGAUGCGCCAAGAAAUCUGACAGCAUCAUGAAGGCAAAGCAUGGAGUCCGUGAUAAGGAGAAUGAUGAUCGCGCGGACAGUCGCAUGAACGGAUGCGCCAAGAAAUCUGACAGCAUCAUGAAGGUAAAGCACGGAGUCUGUGGUAAGGAGAAUGAUGAUCGCGCGGACAGUCGGAUGAACGCCGGAAGGCACGACAAGAAAAAGAGCGCGGUGGAAGCUCUACGAGAGGACACUCCGAGUCAAAUGACACGGGGGUUUCGCCUUGGUGCGCUUACGCCCUCUAGACCGGAAAACUCUCAAUGUCCACCCGGCUUCCUUCCAAGCAUCAGCAAGAAGUUCCUCCCACCAAUAAGACAUAGCCCGGAACAUAGGAUCGACGAUCCAUUCCAGCGUGACAUACCGGAAGGGGCUAGGUUCAUCAAGCACACGCACAGUGCGACGGCCUUCACAUUGUUCUACAAUCCGCCUCACCGCCUCGCACCGCUGCCCCGCCACAUGUCCGACAACCCGUGCACCUCACGUGCACGAGGCAACUACCGCCAGAGGGACAAGUCGCAUCUGAAGGCUUAUCGUAGUGGCGGGAAGUCGUUCAGCAAGAUACAGGCAGCGGUGGACGACAGCCGACGGGCCCGGGAGAGCCGGAACAUGGAGAUGACGAUGGCGCGCCUGGCCGACCUUGACGAGCGGGCGGCCCGUGUCGCUCCGGUGGACAGUGGAACCACUGAGCGAGUGCGGCAGGUGCGUGCAAGACAGGAUAGCAUCCGGGAGGAGGGUCACAUACGUGCCAUGAUGAACUUCAUGAAAACAAAGAAAUAA